GGGUGGGGGAAGAGAGCUGGAGACUGGGACACCGAUCCUGAGUCCCGGUACCUUGACAAGUCUUCUCGAGAAGUCCCAGCCAAAGCAGCCUCCGAUGUCGAGCCUGGAGAAGUGCAGCCCGAACAGACACGGGUCCCGGCCACAGGCUGCCACGCAGCUUCCACCUCUCGGCCUGCCGCAGAUCGAGUGGCACGAGAGGCCCCGGAUCCUGCAGCGUGGGUCAUGGACCCUGGCCGUUCCUUCCAAGGAGGAGCAGUUCUUCCGCAGCGUCAGCGACUCCAUCGGCAACAACUACAGCCCGACUGCCCGCGACCUCUCCACGCAUGGCAUCUACAAGCUGCUCAGUACACCAGAGCCGGCGGCGCUGAGGAGGAGCGGGGAGCCGGGCGAGCGCUCGCGCCCGCCGCUCCGUGGCAGGGCGCCGGGCGGCGCGGGUCUGUCCGAGCGAGCACGCGGAACCGGCCGGCGAUCCGGGGCCCUCCCGAGCCUCUCCCUGGGGUCCAGCGACGCAGCCACGCAGGGCUCCUCGGGGGAGCCGGACCUCCGCUCCGACGGAGAGAGUGGGGCCUGGGGUCGCGGGGUCGGGCGACCUCACGCGGACGCGGCACAAGCGGCGAGCGGUCAGCGGCAUGGACCGCAGGCAAGUCCCGCUUCACGCUGUCAACCGCAUCGGGACAUCAACAGGCCGCUUUGUGCAUGUCUUCACGAAUGGAAAAUAGACAGCACGCCCUAGUGAGACUGUGGCCAUGCAACCCAAACCUGAGGCCGUAUGGUAGACCCACUGUGGCCGGUGCGCCUUCAACAGAGCAGUAGACAAACUACACAUUCUCUCCUGACGCCCUUUCGUCGUGGCU